UAACGUGAAUACCUCACUAACUCAAAUGCUUGUUCUUUUUUUUUCCUUAACUAGGAAUUGUGGUGCUUGGAAUAAACAGAGCCUCUGCCAAAAAUUCAUUGAGUAAAAAUCUUAUAAAAAUGCUCUCAAAAGCUGUGGAUGCUUUAAAAUCUGAUAAGAAAGUACGGACCAUAAUAGUCAGAAGUGAAGUCCCAGGGAUAUUCUGUGCUGGUGCUGAUCUUAAGGAAAGAGUCAAAAUGAAUCCCAGUGAAGUUGGCCCUUUUGUCUCCAAAAUAAGAGCAGUGAUUAAUGAAAUCGCUAACCUUCCAGUGCCAACCAUCGCGGCCAUAGACGGACUCGCCUUAGGUGGCGGUCUUGAACUGGCUUUAGCGUGUGAUAUAAGAGUAGCAGCUUCCUCUGCAAAAAUGGGCCUGGUUGAAACAAAGUUGGCAAUUAUUCCUGGUGGAGGUAUGAAUUGUUCACGCCUGUCUUGAUUUGCUCCUCAAAACAGUGAAAAGGCAACAUUUUGGGUAAAGAGACUCGUGCUGUGUUGUUUGCUUAUUAUUAUUCAAAGUGCAUCCUUUUAGCCUCUGGGGGUGUGAAGAUGGAGGGCGCCUUGCCUGGUGUUCUCUUCUUGUGCUGUGUCCUGUGCUUUUUCUAUAUGAUUUCUUAGCUUUUAAAUUAUUGUAGCGGCCACAUCAUUCUUGAAAGAGUACAACGAUAUUUGGAAACUUUUAUAUGGGUAUAUAAAUGUAUUUGCCCUCAGAGAGCCUUUUCACACCGUCAGACCCCAGUGGAGGAAGGAACAGGGCUUCCCAGGCUGCAUGCCAGCUUCCUUGGGUUUCUCUGCAGCUGGACAAAGGUUGGGGUUAGUGGGCAGCCUGGAUUUGGAGCUGAGGAGCUGGUAUUUAUUCUGUUACUACAAAAAAGAUAGGUGAGCUGCUGCUUUUUGGAAGGCUCAUUUAAGAAAGCACUUUUCCAACAUUGGUAACGAAGUCUUGCAUCACCCAGUAAAUCUGAAAUUUUGUUCCUUGUCUGAUGCAGAGAAUUUAGAGACAUUCCCAUUCGGUGGAGUUGUUCUUUCAAAAAAUGGACUUCAUUUGAGGAUGUGUGUGUUAGUAAGUUAUUACUGUAUGAGUGAAGUGAUAGUAAUAAUGUAAAAAUCAAAGGUGGUGUUUGAACACUUCAGGCAUGUUGUACCUGAAUGGGUUAAAGUUAUGUGUUUAACCGUAUCUUUAAAACAAUAUGUAUGGUGAUUAGGGUGUACAGGUAGGAAUUACACCUUAAUUUUGUGAAACUGAAGACUGCCCAGAUCAGUUUUAAGACUUAAGUUUUCUACUUUGGAAUUGCUGAAAAUGCUAUUCCUGUAGGUAAAAGCAUUUAAUAUCUACCUGUCCGGCCCUGCCAACCUUUUUCACAGUGACUCAUGGAAACACUGAAAGGAUGAUAAGAAAAUGGAUCCGAUGAAAAGAAUUAUCAGAUAACUAACAUGUGAGAUAAAACAGCUGUUCCCCAAAUUGAAAAAGGAAGAAAG